AUGCCACGAAGCGCUUCGGAUGAGCUCACCUCGCUGCUACGGAGCGAGCGCUGGCACGGUGAAACCCCGGAUGAAGACGAGGAACAACUCGUAGAAUUCGACGAGGAAGACAGCGAGGACCCCAAACAAUGGCCGCUACAAACGCGGUAUUUCCAAGUGCUACAAGUCACCCUAAUUGGUCUACUAUGUCCUCUCGCCAGUUCCAUCCUCGCGCCUGCGUCUGAUAUCGUAGCCGAAGAGUUCGGCGUGGAAAAGUCGUCGGUGAUUGGCGCCCAGUCCGGUUUUGUGCACAUGCUGGGGUUCGGACCAUUGUUCCUCGCGCCUUGCUCAGAGACGUUCGGACGCCGCCCCGUCUUCAUGACCAACCUGAUCAUCUUCACGAUCCUACAAAUCCCCACCGCCCUCGCACCAAACCUCCCAGCGCUCAUCGCCCUCCGAACCCUCUCCGGCCUCUUCGGUUCCGUCGGUAUCGCCAAUGGCGGCGGUACCAUAUCUGACAUGUUCCCCGCCAACGAGCGCGCGACCGUGCUCGGCUUCUACCUCCUGGGUCCUCUCUUGGGUCCGAGUCUCGGCCCCUUCAUAGGCGGCCUCGUCGUCUCCCGCCUCGACUGGCGCUGGGUCAUCUGGACCGUCUUCAUCAUGUCCACGCUCCUCACCCUAACCUGCUACUUCUUCCUGCACGAGAGCUACGCGCCCAUGGUCCUCCAGCGCCGCAAGCAGACCCUCCAAGACAAGAACCCCGACACGCCGUACCGCGUCUCCGGCGCUUCCGACCAACCCACCUUCCGCAAAAUCAAAGCCAACUGCUCCCGCGCCCUACGCAUCCUCUUCACGCAGCCCAUCGUCCUCAUCAUGUCCAUCUACCAAGCCAUCAUCUUCGCCUCCAUGUACACACUGUACUCGACCUUCACCAACAUCUGGCCCUCCCCACCCUACCACUUCACCAAAAACCAAUUGGCACUCACCUACCUCGCCCCCGCGACGGGCUUCACGCUCGCCGCCGCCAUCAUCGUCCCCUCGAUUGACCGCCUGUACAAGCACCUCUCCCGCACCAAAUCCCGCGACAACAACAGAGGUGGGGGCCUGCCCGAAUACCGCCUCCCGCUCGCGUCCAUCGGCGCCCUCCUGCUUCCCAUCUCCCUCUUCUGGUUCGGCUGGGCCGUCGAAGCCCAGACUCCCUGGCCGCUGCCCCUAGCGUCCACAUUCCUGUUUGGCGCCGCGCAGGUUUGCAUCUUCAACACAACGCAGAACUACUAUAUCGAUGCGUUUGAGAAAUAUGCGGCGUCGGCGCUCGCGGCCGGCGCGUUUCUGAGAUCGAUGUUUGGCGCGCAGAUUCCGUUGUACGUGGGUGCCUUAUUUGAGAGGUUGGGGUAUGGCUGGGGGUUCAGUGUGUUUGGAUUUGUGAGCGUGGCGUUGAUGCCGGCGCCGGCACUCUUUUACUUUUAUGGCGGCUGGGUGAGGGAGAGGUUUGCUGUGGAUUUGUCUUGA